UAUAUAUAUAGGGAUUAUUGUGUGUAUAUUUUCAUUCUCUGAUUUUGCUAGAUUGUGUUCUGUGAAUUGUGAAUUGUGAAUUGUGAUAUACAGAAUUAAAAUGGCCGAAGCAAGAGUUUACCCUGCCGCCGGCGACACCCACCCGCCGCCGCCGUCGUAUUCAUCAGCUGCAACAUCGCCCAAUCAGUCCGGCGAGCAUCCCAAGCCGCCUAACCCUCCGCCAUCUAAGCCCGUCCCUCCGCCGGCUACCUACGUAGUCCAGCUCCCUAGAGAACAAAUACUCCGCUAUCCGCCGCCGGGGAACGCCAGGAAAUUCGAAGCCCUCACCCGCCGCAGCAAAAACCGUCGGAGCUGCUGCCGCCGCUGCUGCUGCUUCACUCUCUGCUUCCUCGUACUCCUCGUCGUCGCCGCCGCCGUCUCCGCCGGGGUUCUCUACCUCGUGUUCCGAUUCAAAUCCCCAAAGUACACGGUGACGGACCUCGCGAUCAAGGAUAUGAACCUGACGUCAGCGGCGCCAAUCUCGCCGGGAUUUGACGUCACCAUCAGAGCGGAGAACCCUAACGGCAAGGUUGGCAUCUAUUACGUGAAAGGCAGCGCCGUCAGCAUCUUCUACAACGACGUUAACCUGGGAAACGGCGUUUUGCCCGUUUUUUACCAGCCGAGGAAGAACGUGACGGUGAUGCAAACGGCGUUGACGGGAUCCGGUCUGUUACUUGGCGGGACGGUUAAGACGGCGUUAAGGAAUUCGCAAGAGCAAGGGAUGAUUCCGUUUGUUGUGAGAACGAAGGUGCCCGUUAAGAUUGAGGUGGGGUCCGUUAAGACGUGGGAAAUCACCGUUAAAGUCAAAUGCGACGUCGUAAUGAAUGAAUUGAAUGAGAGGGCGAAGAUAGUAUCCAACGGCUGUGAUUACAGUGUGAGAUUGUGGUAACAACAGUGAAUUUCAUCACUACAUUUGAUGGCAUAUUUUUUUGGUAUAGGAAUAUUUUUUAUCUUAUUUUUUCUAGUUAAAAUAUUGUUUAUGUGAUAAGUGAUUUGAAAUACUAAAUACAUACAUUAUAGAAUAAUAUGUCUUUAUUUAUAUUUGUUUAUAGAAUAAUAUGUAUUUAUCCUUUUAGAAUUGCUAAAAAAAAAAUAAGUCAUAGGGGGGGUUUUUGGCUGUAAAAUUAUACAGGGUGGUUUUUUAGCAAUUCAAUAUAAUACGGGGUACUAUUUGCA